CCUCAGCUACACAAAGGCUUUUAGCGUCUUUAGCUCGUUGUGUUUGUUUUACAGUCUGCAGCUUUAAUGUUUGGGUUCACUCCUCAUCACUCUCAUAAUUACCAAAAUUAUUGGACAUGCAGUUUCAAAUGAAUGCUAAUGUUGCUCUGUUUCAAAUAGACUAGUACUGCUGCUGACAUCUUUGCAACAGUACCGUAACCUCCUACCAGCAGUUAGCAUAGUUAUGUUUCUUUUUAGCCUUGACAUAAAGCUGUUACGUAACAUUAACCAAGGAGGAAGGUUGGAAAACUCUCAAAAGGCACUCAAAGGAUGUUAUCCUGACACAAACAAUGGUCAUAUGAGCUGUGGUAGAACUUAUUCAACUUCUUUUGUUGUCUAUGUUGGAGGACUUGUUGGACACUAAAUGCUGAUAAGACAUUUUAAUAUGUGGACUUUAGAAUGGUGAGACUUUCUCCACUCUCUCGUCAAAACCCAUAGACAGUAGGUAGUUUCUAAACUCCUUUAUCAAAAGUUGUGGGAACACGGUUAAACACAGUGAGCACCAGGAUUGAGUGUCAGGGUUGCUGGUCCUCUGUUCAGGAAUGCAUUAUCCUCCUGUCCUGGUCCCCUGCGUUCUCCACCAAAUAAAAACCUACUCUGUGUCCUGAAAAGGGAAAACGAACAUGUUGCAAUCAUGAUGUUAAUAUCAAAUAUUUGACAGGUAGAAAAUGUGCCCUUAAGUGUGAGUACGUGAUUGUGUAAACAUGAGUCACAAAGCUGUUUCCCAUAGCCUGCAGGCAGUGUUCUGCUCUGUGUGCCACUCCCAAGAGUUUAGGAGGAGGCUGCUGAAGGAGGGGCCUGACUCCAGAGUCUCAAGCCCACACAGGUGAACUCCUGUUGGAGUGGAAUGCAGGAGAGAGAGGUGGGGGCUGACACACAGAGGUGUGGAACUUCUAACUUGUACCAGGGUGGGGAAGAGAGGUAGCGGAAGGGAGUUGACUGUCUUCGUCAGAGCUACUCACCUGGAUAGGAAAGGGAUUGUGUGUGUGUGUGUGUGUGUGUGUGUGUGUGUGUGUGUGUGUGUGUGUGUGUGUGUGUGUGUGUGUGUGUGUGUGUGUGUGUGUGUGUAUAGUUGUGUGUGUGUGUCUGCGCAGAAGCUAAAGGAGGGAUCAAGUCUCAGCACUUAAAGUCAUAUUCACUCAGUUGCUCUGUGUCCCACUGUGUCUCAUAUCUCACACUCUGAGACACACAGCCGACAGAGCGAAGUUUAAGGACAGACAAGUCAAUAUUUGACCAGAGGACUACACAAGAAAGAAGAAACAAUAGACAGAGGAGGAGAAUAAGACGUCUGUCCGUCUGCUUUCUUUGGGGGGAACUUUGAACUUGGAUACAAGGACGUGAAGAGCUUUUUUUCAACACAGGUGAAUACAAAAUUUUCCCAAACUCCAAGAUCAAACAAAGCAAAAAAAGGGGAAAUAUUUUUUAUCCAUUGUUGGACUUUUGGACUUGGAUUGGGCGAGAGCACACUAAGAGGGAGGAGAUGGGGAGAUGGACGUUACAUCUGUCAGUGGGGCUCGGGCUUCUCGCCAUCCUGUUGACCUGCUGUUAUGCUGAAGUGAACUACUGCUUCACUUCCAGGGCCAAGACCUGCUCUGAAUGUCUGCAGGCGGGGAAAGGCUGCGCUUACUGCCCAGAUGAGACCUUCAAUGGGCCUCGCUGUGACCUGUAUGAGAAUAUACUCGCCCAUGGCUGCUCUGCUGCAGCUGUCAUUACGGCUGCAAGCAGUAUGAAAAUAGAGAAAAACCAACAAAUCAACAUGAAGCUUCAGCAGUCGCAAGUGUCUCCGCAACAGAUGAGUAUGACCUUUCUGCCAGGAGAGGAGAAAAUGGUGGACAUGGAGGUGUUUGCUCCAACCAAAGGCCCACUGGAUCUUUAUAUUCUUAUGGACUUCUCAAACUCAAUGGCUGAUGAUUUGGACAACUUGAAGAGAAUGGGCAAAGAACUAGCUUUACUGGUGGAGAAGCUGUCAGAUGAUUACACAAUUGGAUUUGGAAAGUUUGUGGACAAAGUGAUCGAGCCCCAGACUGACAUGAGACCCUCAAAACUUGCUCAGCCAUGGCCCAACAGCGAUCCUCCAUUCUCUUUCCAAAAUGUUAUCAAGCUGACAAAAGACUUGAACUUCUUCACCAGUGAGCUGCAGAAAGAGAGAAUAUCUGGAAACCUGGAUGCUCCUGAAGGAGGGUUUGAUGCCAUAUUACAGGCUGCAGUGUGUACGGAUCGGAUUGGUUGGCGUCAACACAGCACCCAUCUCCUGGUUUUCUCCACAGAGUCAGCCUUUCAUUACGAGUCUGACGGUGCUAAUGUGCUGUCGGGCAUUUUACCGCGCAAUGACGAGAAAUGCCAUUUGGAUAAAAGUGACAAAUAUACAGAGGAUAUAAAUCAGGAUUACCCCUCAAUUCCCACACUGGUCCGUCUGCUGGGAAAACAUAACAUCAUCCCCAUCUUCGCUGUCACUAACCACUCCUACACUUACUACAUGAAACUCCAACAAUAUUUCCCCAUUGCUGAAGUUGGUCUACUGCAAGAAGACUCAUCCAAUAUCCUGCAGGUCAUGGAGACUGCCUUUGAGAAUAUCCGUUCCAAGAUGAGUAUCCGUGCAGAGGAGAGACCUAAGGCCUUCGAGGCUCAGUUCUUGUCCACCAGUGGACGAGUUGCAGAAUACGGGGCCUUUGAUUUCAGGCCUGGAGCGAUUGGCAAGUUCAAGAUGCGACUCAAAGCCCAACGAAUGAUCGAUGAAGAGCCUGUCUGUCAGAUGGAUCCAAAUGAAAAAGAAGGGACAAUGAGAGUCAAACCUACAACCUUUAACGCUGCCGUUAACGUGAAGGCCUCGGUUUUGUGUCCGACCUGUGACUGUGAGAAGACUCCCAUCACUAAAGCUGCCAGAUGUCACUUCAACGGAGACCUGGUGUGUGGGAAGUGUCAGUGCUAUGAUGGCUGGUUGAGUACCUUCUGUAACUGCUCAGCAAGUGCUUCAGCUCUGGACACAAACCAGUGCACAGCUCCAGGUAUAUCAGAGCCUUGCUCAGGCCGUGGAGACUGUCUGGAGUGUGGAACCUGUGUGUGCUACAACCCAGAUCAGUUUGAAGGUCCCUACUGUCAGUACGACAAGACCCAGUGUAAUAGAUAUGGAGGCUUCCUCUGCAAUGACCGUGGUUCUUGCGUUAUGGGUCAGUGUGCGUGUACUGAGGGCUGGGAGGGCAAUGCCUGUGAGUGCCCGAAGAGCAACCAGACCUGUCUGGAUGCUAAGGGGGGUGUCUGCAAUGGACGAGGUAAAUGUGUGUGCGGCCGUUGUGAAUGUCCAGACUCUGGUAUCGAGAUGACUUCAACCUGUGAGCCGAACUUCCAGGCCCAGUUAGGUGUGUGCGAGGCUACGAGGAGUUGUGUCCAGUGUCAAGCCUGGAAGACUGGGCAAAGGAAGGAAAAAGAAGAGUGUGAAAAGUGCCCCUUCAAAAUUGUCCUGGUGGAUGAACUAAAAGAAAAGGAACAAGUGAUGGAUACAUGUAGUUUUCGUGAUGAAGAUGAUGACUGUACAUUUCACUACACUGUGGAAAACCCUAAAGAUCCGACGGUUAAAGACUUGGAGGUUCAGGUGCUUGAAAAGAAAGAUUGUCCCCCUGCUAGUCUCCUGUGGUUGCUGCCCCUCCUCUUGUUCCUCUUGUUGCUGUUAGGACUUCUGCUGCUCUGCUGCUGGAAAUACUGUGCCUGUUGCAAAUCCUGCUGUCAGAGCUGUCUUGCCCUGCUGCCUUGCUGUCGGAGAGGUCGCAUGGUAGGCUUCAAGGAGGAUGAGUAUUUGCUCCGUCAGUCUCUGCUCACCUCAGACCAUCUGGAUACACCAAUGUUGAGGACUGGCCCACCCAAAGGAACUGAUGUGGUUCGCUGGAAGGUCACAGAUAAUGUGCACCGUGCACCCAAUCACCAACAGGUUCUGAUGAAGCCUAACCCCAAGGAGACCAUCCAGUACCCGAUCUCCCUCCGACUAAACAGACUGUUCUCUGAGAACCUGUCUCGCCCUGAAUCCAGAGACUCCGAACUACUCCGCAAGGAUGUGGCUGAUAAUCUAAAUGAGGUGUACAAGCAGAUUCCUGGGGCACAGAAGGUGCAAAAGACUUCAUUCAGAAUGCAGAGAAAUGCCGGAAAAAGGCAGGACUUCACCAUCAUGGACACCAUCUUGUCUGCCCCUCGGAGCAGCUACCCAGAUAUUGUCAAACUCACUGAGAAGAAUGUCCAAUCUGGAAACUUCCAUGACCUCAAAGUGAUGCCAGGCUAUUACACUGUGGCCACAGACAGAGAGGCUGCGGGAGCAAUAGAAUUCCAAGAAGGUGUGGAGUCAGUAGAUGUUCAUGUGCCACUCUUUGUCAAAGAUGAAGAUGAUGACAAGAAGCAGCUGCAGGUGGAGGCCAAAGAUGUGCCACUGGGCAUUGCAGAGAUUGGAAAACGUUUUGUUAACAUCACCAUCAUCAAAGAGCAUGCCUCCAGUGUCUUCUCCUUCCUCCAGCCGUCUUACAACUACAGCAGGCAGGAUGGAGUCGCCAACAUCCCAAUCAGCAGAGAGAUCAUUGAGGAUGGACGUGCACAAGUCAGCUACCGUACACGGGAUCUGACAGCCAAGGAUAAAAAGGACUAUAUGAAUGUAGAAGGAGACCUGACCUACGGUCCUGGUGAGACCCAGAAAUUAGUUCCUGUCCGUCUGCUGGAGCUGGGAGAGGGAGAUGGCCUGUUGGAAGACAAACAGGUCAAGCAGUUUGUCAUGGAUCUCAGUAACCCACGGCAAGGGGCCAAGCUGGGACGCUACCCAAGAACCACUGUCACUAUCACAGACCUGCCAGAUCCCAGCGUAAUGAUGUUCAAAGAUGGCAUCCAGAGUUUCACCACAUCAGAUCCAACCUUUACCAUCCCUGUGGUCCGCACUGGUAACCAGGACAGUCCUACCAUAGUGAAAUGGCGUACCAAGAAGGGCCAGCCAUCUGGCACUCUGAAGUUUGGUCCUAGAGACACAAAGAAGGACAUAGUGAUAGACCCCAAAGCUUACCCUGGCCUGAAUCAGCCAGGGGAAUUUCAACUGGAGCUGUUUGAUCCGAGCAGCAAUGCUUCAAUUGGAGAGAGAAAAACCACUCUUGUCAAGGUCACAGAUAACGGUCCAAGAUCUCCAGAAUUUGCACAGUUGACUCAGAAGGGCUACAUAAACCAGAAGUGCACCUCCCCUGGCGGUCACCUUCUCUCCCCCGAAAACCUUCAAGCCAAAGCAACUGGACCCAAAAACAUCCACCUCAACUGGGACCCAUUGCCUGGUAACCCCAUGGGGUACAAGGUGAAGUAUUGGAUCUAUGGUGACCAAGAGAAAGAUGCCCAGGUCUUAGAUGUAAAGACCCCUCAAGCCACCUUAACGAAUCUGUACCCCUAUUGUGACUAUGAGAUGCGAGUGUGUGCCUACAAUGCAAUGGGAGAUGGCUAUGAUACCGACAUUGUUUCCUGUCAAACGCUAGAGGAUGUGCCUGGUGAACCUGGUCGUCUUGCCUUUAACGUCAUCAGUCCAACUGUCACUCAGCUCAGCUGGGCAGAGCCUGCGGAGACCAAUGGCAACAUUACAGCUUAUGAGGUCAUCUACACACCCAUUGAUGAUGAACUGAAGCCCGUAGGAGCAGCUAAGAAAGUGAAGAUUGACAACCCUAAGAAACGAAUGCUGUUGAUUGAGAACCUCAAGGACGCCCAAACCUACCAAUACAAAGUCCGUGCCAAGAACAGUGUAGGAUGGGGCCCCUUCAGAGAUGCUAGCAUCAACUUGGCAUCGCAGCCUGCCAGACCUCUGUCCAUUCCCAUCAUUCCAGACAUCCCUAUUGUAGAUAAUGAGGCAGGAGAUGAGUAUGACGGCUACCUGAUGUACAGCGAUGAUGUGCUGAAGACACCUGCAGGCUCCAAGACACCCAGUGUCUCUGGUGAUGAUUACAUGAUGAACGGGAAGUGGGACCAAAACUUCCUUUUCCCAGGAGGUUCAACGACACGCAACUUGUCAGCAUCUUCGUCACCAAUGUCCACUCUGAGCUCAAACUACAGAGGGGGAGGCGGCUCCUUCACUACAGAAACAACCACCACCUACAUGUCCGGACCAGGAGGCUCUCGCAGACAGGACAUAAUUGGAGGAGGGGUUCACACAUCUGAGGUCAUCAUGAGAAAGCGUUCAGAGAACAGAGGUUACACAGAUGAAAAUAUCCGUGACUCUAUUGUCAUGGGAGAUGUGCCAAGCAAGUUCCCAGAUCUAGGUGGGUUCGGCUACACUGGGAUGCAGAGCACCUCUCAGAGCCAGUUCAGCUACAGCCUGUCUCAGGGUUCGAGGGCCAGGACCCAGUCUUCAGACAUCCAUGAAGCUUUGUAUAAUCUGGACAGGGUACUCCAAGAUGCCCGACUUUCUCCCGGUGUCCCGGACACGCCCAGCAGACUGGUAUUUUCUGCUCUGGGACCGACUGCUCUCAAAGUCAGCUGGCAGGAGCCCCAUUGUGAGAAAGACAUCCUGGGCUACUGUGUCCUCUACCAGCUGCUUAAUGAAGGUGAGAUGAAGCGUAUCAACAUAACAAACCCAGCAGAGAACUCUGUGAUUAUCCAGGACCUGCUGCCCAACCACUCCUACCUGUUUAAGGUGAAGGCUCAGAGCCAGGAGGGCUGGGGUCCAGAACGAGAAGGAGUCAUCACCAUCGAAUCCGCUGUCGACCCAAAGAGCCCCCUCAGCCCCAUGCCAGGCUCACCAUUCACACUGAGCACUCCCAGUGCUCCAGGCCCUCUGGUAUUCACGGCUCUGAGCCCUGAUUCUCUGCAGCUCAGCUGGGAGAAACCUCGCAAACCCAACGGAGACAUCCUGGGCUAUGUGGUCACCUGCGAACAGCUGCAUGGUGGAGGAGAUGUGCGAUCCUUCCAGGUGAAUGGUGACAGUGCUGAGACCAGCCUGACUGUUCCAAACCUGACUGAGAAUGUUCCCUACAAGUUUAAGGUUCAGGCUCGAACCACACAGGGCUUCGGUCCAGAAAGGGAAGGCAUCAUCACCAUUGAGUCUCAGGAUGGAAGUGCUUUGUCUCAGUAUAACACCCAAUCUAUGACCAGGAGGGAAAUUUUCCAGAUGCCAACAGAAGUGAGCACGCUAACCAAUGUGUCCCACACCAUGAUCAACGACCCCUAUUUCUCAGACGGGAUGAUGAUGACCACACAGCACACAGAGACCAGCGGCAUGAUGACACAUCAGAUCACCAAGGAGGUGGUUCAGAGGAGCGUCAUGGGAGGAACUACUGUCACAAAGAAGAUGUUUUAUGAAUCUUAAAAUCUAAUUCAACUAGGUCCAACUUAGCAUCCAAAGGUCUAACAUGAUGAGGAAUCCUAUCUUUUUAAAAGGAGUCAGCUUCAGAGUACUGACCCACCAUCACUGCAUGUUUGUAUAUAUGUGUGAGUGAGAUUCCAGCCAAAUACAAUCCAUUUCAUGUAAUAAUUAGAUGGAGAGGAGGCCGUUUUCUCAUGUCUGUUACAAACUGUGGCCACUUUCCUCCGUAAGUGAGGUUCAGUUUAACGAUUCCAUUUGUUCCUGAUGUGUUUCUUACUGUUGGACUCCACUCCCUCUGUCGGCUCAGAUCUGGUAACACACACUGGGGCUUUAAAGAUGUCAACAUGGGUCAGUAAUCUGGCUAUGCUUAAGUAAUCCAAAGUGACCUCUCCCCUCCUCUCCUGUCCUACUCCAGCCUAUAAGAGCUAUUUAUUCUGUUUUGUAUAUUUCAGGUUAAACUCCACAAAUUUCAGCCCAUAUUUUGACUGAACACUCUCCGAGAUGUACCUGUUUCCAGGAGGUUAGUGGUUUUGGAUGCUCCGAUUAGGUUCAGUUUUAUCCAAGUGCUCCUGUCUUGAGUGAUCAGUGGUGAGUUUAUGGUAUUUGUUCAUAGAUUUGUGUUGUAUAAAAGAGUGAUUAAAAAAAAAAUUUCAAGCAUAUUUAAUACUUUUUAAGAUUUUUACUUAUGCAAACAUUGACUUUAAUCCCAAAUAUAGAGCUACAUGUGCAUUUCCUGCUGUAUUUUACAAUACAUGCGAAUGAUCAAAUGUCUGUUAGAUGUAAUAUGUUUUUGUAUUUCAUAAGUUGUCAUCACUUCAGUUUGGUAUUUUUCAUGUGUUUCUUCACUUUGCAAGGCCAUUUUCAGUAGAUUAAUAUUUGAACAGUAAGAUAUCUGGGACAAAUGGUGUGUUAUGACAGAAAGAUUGUAUUCGCUUCUACUACAAGUCCUGCUGUAUUUUGGCUUGAAAAUACUUUAAUAAAACACAUUGUAUGAAAACACUCUUAGCAUGAAAAGAUGACAUUGAUAAAUGGAUGAACUUUUCACUAAAAACACCUUCAGUAAAGUGUUCAUGCACUUUUAAUCAACAUGCAUCACUUAUUUUCUGGCAGUUGAACUUCUUUUUGCAUGUCAUUUCUAUUGCACUUAAUAAAGAUUUGAAAUUUUGAAAAAGUA